GUGGGCCUCGCAUCGGCCCUAAGGGACGCGGCAGAAUAAAUGGCGAAAGAGGCGGCGGCAAAGGGCUCUGCAGCCUCGGUGGACGUCCGACCCUCGGAGACGCCCAAGGACCUGAAGAAGAGGGUCAGGGGUUUGGACAAGUCGCUCACCAGCGUGCACGAGCGCUUGGUGCAGACCGAGAAGCAGAUCUUCGACCUAGAGCGCAGCUACCUCGAGGAGACCAGGCUCUACGGAAACGUGCUCCAGGGCUGGGAUGCCUACCUCGAUACCAAGGGGAAGGGAGUAGCAGACGGCGGGAAGGGCGAGGCGGCGGCUGGGGGACGAGGAGGGGGCAACAAGCGAGAGGCAGCUUCUGAAGGAGAGGAAGGAGAGGGUGCCAACAAGCGAGCAAAGGGCGUCGAGCUCGAGGAGCGACUUUUCUCGCUGGGCUCGGUCACGUCCCCCGCCGCGAAGGGUCUCCAGAAGCUCGAGGACGCCAGGCGGAGAGCUGGCUCCGGCAGCGGCGGCGGCAGCGGCGGCGGCGGCGCCUCCGCGUCCGGGGGAGGCGCAGCCCCCAAGACCCCUAAAGAGAAAAAGAGUUCCGCCAAGCGGGGGUCCACCAAGAGCAGCAGCAAGAAAGACACGUCCAAGAAAAGGAGACGAUAA